CUGGAGAGUUUCGAUAGAGAGCUACGAGGACUUUUACACCUGUUGAGAAGAGCGCGAGACGACGUGCCCACUUGGACACAUUGGUGCGCUUUUGGACAUACGAACUAGGUGCGAGAGUCACUUCGUGGUUGCUAGAUUAAGUUUUGGACUUUUGGACUGCCCUGGGGACGCUGUCAACUAGGGAUCUGCUACUUUUCUUGCCAACUGAGUGAUUAUUUACACCUGUAUAUCUAUGUCUGAUAUAUACAACCUGGACUCUCAGUGCGUUUCACCACAAUGCAACAUGAGCUGGGCCAUGGAGCCUGCAAACUUCUAUGAUAAUAAAGUGACGCCAGGGGAUGUCAAGGCGAGGAUGCCCGGAACCGAGCAUGGCAUCGCCGAGGACAACGGCAGCAGCAUGGUGGAGCUGAGCAACGCCCCUGCCAUCUACGACGAUGAGAGCGCAAUCGACUUCAGCGUCUACAUCGACUCCAUGUCCACGGUACCUUUGGAGAUCUGCAAUGACGAACUGUUCGCAGACCUGUUUAACAGCACUGUGAAGCAAGAAAAGCCAGAUUUCUACUUGCCACACCAUGCGCAACAGGUAAGCGCUGGCACCUUUGCGCAAAAGAGCUUGGAGAGGCUGCAGCACCCGGAGGUGAGCUUUGGAAAGGGCGCGUUUUGCGCGCCGAUCAAGAAGGAGGCGGACUGGAGCGACAGCGAGCUCUCCUCGUCGUUACCAUCUCAGAUCGAGACGUGCGCAAAGACCUCGGUAAGCCUUCAUACGGGCCAACCGACGCCGCCCACCACACCCGAACCCGAGCCUGUCACCCACAGGAGACUGGGAAAGGAGAAGGGUAAAAAGUCAGUGGACAGACACAGCCCGGAGUAUCGCCAACGACGCGAGAGGAACAACAUCGCCGUGCGUAAAAGCAGAGACAAGGCUAAGCAGCGCAACUUUGAGAUGCAACAGAAGAUGCUCGAGCUGAACGCGGAGAACGAGCGCCUGCACAAAACUAUCGAUCAGUUAACGCGAGAACUGAGCAGUCUCAGAAACUUCUUCAAACAGCUGCCCGAUCCCUCGUUUGGAACUGGGGCGGGUGCGCGCUCGGCUGUUGACAGUCGGUGACGCGCGUCCGAGAGUGCGCCACAGCCAAAUCCUGCCAAUUCUCUCUCCAACAUACCUCAGUGAACUUUAUUGAUGAUUUCUGUAGCAUAAGUGCAUCAAGUUACAUCUUGGAUAAUGGACUUAUUUUUGUGAAUUUUGUUUUUUGUAUUCUAAAUUAUUACGGAAAAGCUUCAUAUAACUUACGUUUUUAUGGUACCUGUUUUAUAAUUCAAACGUCUUUAUAAUGCCAGAGCAUGUUUGACGAUUUUACAGUGUGUACAAAUGUGUAUAAUAAACCAUGUGAAAUUUCCAAA